AUGCGUCUCUUCUCCGUCUGCAAGACUAGAAUCAGCGCUGCGACGCACCGGACGCGCUCGUGCACCCGGUUAUCUGUUCCAGUCAUGAUGCUGUGGGUUUUAAUCCUCCCGGCGCUCACCGCCGCUGCUGUCUCGCGCGUCCAGCGCUCCUGCGGCCCAUGUGAGCCGAGCUCGUGCGCCGCGCUGCCGGUCACCGGGUGCGCGUUCCGUGUGAUGGACGCGUGUGGAUGCUGCGAGCUGUGCGCCGCCGGAGAGGGAGAGACGUGCGGGAUGCGCGGCUCCGUGGUUACGCGCUGCGCGCCCGGUCUCGAGUGCGUGAAACCGCGUCAGGACAAGAAAACGGCGAAGAAAAAGUCCGAGCCAGGCGUGUGCACGUGUAAAAACGGUGACUACGAGGUGUGCGGCUCGGACGGUGUGGAGUACCGGAGCGUGUGCGAGCUGAGAGCAGCGAGUGCGUCCGCGGAGCGUCAAGAAAAACCCGGGAUUAAAGUGCAAAACAAGGGCAAGUGCGCUAAAGCUCCUGUGAUAGUUACGAGUCCGGGUCAGGUCUGGAACGUCACCGGUGCUCAGGUGUACCUCAGCUGCGAGGCCAUCGGUGUCCCCACCCCGGUGCUCAGCUGGAGGAAGAUCACAGGCAAUAACCAGAAGUCACAGCUGCUCCCUGGAGACGAAGACAACCUUGCCAUCCAGAUGAGAGGAGGCCCGGAGAAGCACGAGGUCACCGGAUGGGUUCUGAUCUUUCCCCUGACCAAGGACGUAGCCGGGACGUACGAGUGUCACGCCACCAACACCAAGGGUGAAGCCUCAGCCACAGGCACCAUCCACGUGGUCGAGUCCAUCGACGACAUUCCCUCCCAAAAGGUGGCCCAGGAUGAUGAGCUGUAAGAAGGAUGUGUGUGUUCACCCCGACGCCACCUCCUGGAAGAUAAGGACUGGAAUGAGCAGAGAACAUCAUAACACACACACACACACACACACACACACACACACACACACACACACACACACACACACACACACACACACACACACACACACAUACAUACCUAUGACACACUACACAUGAACAGCACCAAGGUUUUAGACAUGACUAGACACUGAAAUUUAUCUGCACACACACACACACACACACACACACACACACACACACUGUUAUAUCCAUGUCCUUUUCUCCAUAGCUUUUGACACACCAAUCAGAAGAUUCAGAUGGAGAUAGAUAAGUCUCCAGACCCUUGUUUUCUUGUUCCUAGUUAGAGAUAAAAUAUCUAUUUGUAUUUCCGACGUCUUCUCGUACAUCACGUACUCGCUACACUGAAGAGUUUUUGAGACCAGGAGCAACAUCAAGUAUAGAAAGAUGAACGUGCAAAAAAAAAAAAAAGAGAGCCAGAAUGUGGAAGUUGUUCAUGGAGAGAGAGAGAGAGAGAGAGAGAGAGAGAGAGAUGGUGCUAAAUUCUUUUCUAUGAAACAUUUAAAUAUAAUUUUACACACAGUUACAAUCAACUAAUGCACUUAUUUUCACAUAUCAAUAAAGAGAUUAUGAUGUGACGCAGUUUAA